ACUUCUUUAUCACUUCCGAGUUCCAACUUCCAACCCCAACUGCAACUGCAAACUCCACACACACGCACACGCGCUCGGAUAAUAGAGGUUGGGAGAGAGGGAUAGACGGGACACGAAGGGGAGGGAGAUGAUGGAGAGGGCCGACGACUUAGGGCUCAGCCUCAGUCUCAGCUCGCCUCUUGCUCCUCGCACUCACCAUGUCGCCAUGCUGCUCCACGCUCCAGAGAGGAGAUUCCUGGAGAUGCCGCUGCUCCCUGCGAAGCGGGUCAGCGCGGUCUCUGCGGACGAGGAGCGCUCCGGCCAGCGUGGCGGCGGCAGCGACGACGAGGACGGAGGCUGCGGCAUGGACGGCUCCCGCAAGAAGCUCCGGUUGUCCAAGGACCAGUCCGCCGUGCUCGAGGACAGCUUCCGGGAGCACCCCACUCUGAACCCGAGGCAGAAGGCAGCCUUAGCGCAGCAGCUGGGCCUGCGGUCGCGGCAGGUGGAGGUGUGGUUCCAGAACAGACGCGCAAGAACGAAGCUGAAGCAGACGGAGGUGGACUGCGAGUUCCUGAAGCGCUGCUGCGAGACGCUGACGGAGGAGAACCGGCGGCUGCAGAAGGAGGUGCAGGAGCUCCGCGCGCUCAAGCUCGUCUCCCCGCAUCAGUACAUGCACAUGUCCCCGCCCACCACCCUCACCAUGUGCCCCUCCUGCGAGCGCGUCUCCAACAACAACAACAACAACAACAACUUCACCGGCGACCGCCGCAACGUCGUCGACGGCGCAAUCUGCCACCGCCCCAUCGCCGUCCGGCCGCAGUAGUCAUGAUCGACCCAUCGACAACCUAGCCACUAGACAGUCUACUUACUAGACAGUAGGCAGUACACCAUAUCAAAACUAACAGUUUCGCACAUUUAUUCGCGCAAAACUGUUGCUCUCGAUCGUUCUGAAUUUUUUCUUUCUCAGGAAGGAACACGAGUAUUAAUGUGUGACAAGUGUUGUAGAAGAGCAUGCAGUAGCUUAGGGAAUAUUUAGCUGGUCCUAGAGAAAGCUGGAUAUGGUGGGAUACGGGUGUAGGGAAGGUGGGGUGCAAGGGGAUGGCACGGCGGUUUGUCCUGUCGCUUGGCUGAUGAUGACGGCGAUGAUGAGAGGUCAGUUCAGUUCGUUUUGUUGGACAGCCGUGUCCCUCAAGCUUAAUUCCAGCGAUUGAUUAACGCGUGUGUGUGUGCUUCUGGCCGGUCUACUUAGCUUAAUUUAUGCGAUUAGUGUCUCCAGAAAGCAUGCAUAUAUAUCUAUUAAUCUAUGCAAGUGUUCUUC